CAGGUAAACACAGAAAGAGGGACGAGAGAAAGCACGGGCAAGCUUGGGCAUCACACCCGCGGCACCGGCGGUGCCAUCGGUGGCUGGAGGUGUGGCGCCGCGGCGAGCCAUGCGUCCGCCCGGAAACCGGGCGUGUGCUCCUCGCUCGCACGCCGGCGAUGGACAUGCUGGCAGUUCGAGACCGGUGGCGCUGCUCGACGUCGGCCCAUGUCUUCCGUCGAAGCCGCGGGUGAGACUCCCUCCGCGCCUUCACCUCUGCGACGUCCCUCCUUUUCCGGACCCUUGGCCCUGCCGCAGGCCGCAGCCUCCGCAUCCCCCUCCAGGUCCCCUGGCCAGCCUGAUCCAGAAGCUCUAUCAAGAGGAUCGAGUGAAAGCUGCUGCCGCUGCUGCUGCGGAUAGCAAGAACAACCAGCAGGGUAGAAGGCCUGGGCUGGACCGCAAGCGGCCUCAGUUCUCUCUCAAGCCCCCCCAAAGCAACCCCGUGAAUGUUGAUUUCUCUCAGCUGGAUAGCAUUGACGAUCCAGAGGAAUACUUCUUAACCUUGGAGCGGCUCGAAAAAGCUGACAUGGAGAUAAAAAAGCUAAGGGGCGAGACUCCAACCAAAAAAGCAAAUUAUGAUCGGCCUAUCGAACCACCCAAGAAGCGGCCUGGAAUGAGGACUUAUAAUUUUAGAUUGAAGCACCCAUUUCCCAGAUGGGAACUUUAACAGAAUCAGUCUCAUAUUCAGGAUGAAGAUGUUGAGGUAGGCUUGUUUCAAUAAGCACUAUUCUCGAAUUGCUGUUGUAAACUGAGCUUGUGGGACUGUUGUACUUGGUUCUCCACAAUUGCCACUAUAAAUAAUCUUAUGGAAGUAAGACAUGAUGAUAUAUAUUUGAUGUAUGAGAUGA